AUGCUUGAAGUGGAUGUGAUGCUACAUUUCCUUUUAAAUUUUGUUUGUUUUCGUAUUUAAUCAUUGCUCUGUUCUUACAGUCUUCCCUUUUCCUCUAUAUUUAUAUUCGGCUGGGUGUCACUUUAUUGGACAAUGUUUUUAAGUGCAGACAUAUUACAUACAAUACGGGACCUGCAUUUCCGUUUCGCUGGAUGGCGUUAUUGUUGUACGUAAGGAAGUGAUCGUAUCCACCCCAGGUACUGCCUUCUGUCUUGUCUGUCGGUGCCGUCCUUUCAUCGGUGUUUUUGGGAGAACCGGGCUGAAAUGGACGCCGACGUCGGUGCCACGACGCCGCCGGAUUCGGAGCCGGCGCGGAAACGCAGGGUGCACGGCAUGCUGAAGCUGUAUUAUGGGCUCAAUGAAGAGGGCAAGAGCUCUGAUAAGCCCGAGUCGCUGGACCCGUGCGACAUCAACGGGCCGCAUUUCGACCCGGAGGUCUAUCUCAACAAGCUGAGGAAGGAGUGCUCUUUGGCUGAGCUGAUGGACCAGGAGAGCUGCAUGGUGAAGCAGAUCCGCGCCUUAGACAGCGACAUGCAGACGCUGGUCUACGAGAACUACAACAAAUUCAUCUCCGCUACAGACACGAUCAGGAAAAUGAAGAAUGACUUCAAGAAGAUGGAAGAUGAGAUGGACUGCCUGUCCGCCAACAUGGCAGCCAUCACCGAGUUCAGCGCGCUGAUCAGCGGCACCCUGCAGGACCAGCAUGCGCAGAUCACCAAGCUGUCUGGUGUCCACACACUCCUACGCAAGCUACAGUUUCUGUUCGAGCUCCCGGCGCGGCUCAACAAAUGCUUGGAGCUGCAGGCGUACGCGCAGGCCGUGAGCUCGUACCGUCGCGCCCGCUCCGUACUGAAGCAGUACAGCCACAUGCCCUCCUUCCGUGGCAUCCAAGACGACUGCCACGCCAUCAUGGACCAGCUGGCCCAACAACUGAGGCAGAAAUUCAGGGAUGGCGGCUCGAGCGCCAAAGACCUGUCGGAGUGUGUCGAGCUGCUGCUGCAGUUGGACGAGCCAGCAGAGGAGCUCUGUGACAAGUUUCUCAGCCACGCCCAGACCAGACUGGAAGCCAACCUCCUCGGCCUGGAGGCGGAGCUCCGAGAGCCUACUCCCGGGCCAAUCGCUGCGUCCGGUCUCUCUACCAAUUCCACUAGCAAGCCGUCCGCGUCCCCUCUUGCUGGCACUCCGACUGAUUUGAGCUCCCCAACGACAAAUUCUUUCCCGUCUCCCACCGCCAGGACAGACAUUUUAGAAUUUAUUGACAGAGGCUGCAACGAGUUUGUCAGCAGCCUCUGUCUGGUCAUUGCCUCCUAUCAGGAGCUGUUCAUUAACCGUCCACAAGAGGGCGACCUGGCAUCGAAGAACAUCCCCAAGAUGGCUAGUGGCAAGCUCCACAGCUUUGUUGACACCUUGGCUGCUCGGUACUUUAACUUGGUGGAGCGCAGGAUACAGGAGGAGAAGGGAGUGGGUGAUAACUCGUUGCUGGUCCGGGCUCUGGACCGCUUUCAUCGGCGCCUCCAGGCCGUAUCCAAACUGCUCCCUGGGUCUGCAGUACCAAGCCUGGGCACUGAGAUUGUGGUGCGGGCCGCUAGGGAGCGGAUCAAGCAGUACCUGGCUGCCCUGCAGAGCUUCUACCUGGACAGCCUGACUGAUGUGAGGCAGGCUCUGGCUACUCCACGCAUAUCCGUGGGGGGGUCGGUAGUGCCCCCGGGUGGAGGAAUCCUGGGGGGGACAGCGCCUGGUAAGGACGCUGCUCCAAGUCUCCCAGAGCUCCUAGCCUCUCUGUCCGCAUCCAUUUUGAACCAGAUUAAGUCAGUGCUGGCAUCCGUACACCUCUUCACGGCUAAAGACAUCACCUUCUCCAACAAGCCGUACUUCAAGGGGGAGUUCUGCAGCCAGGGCGUUCGCGAAGGUCUGGUGGUGAGCUUCGUCAAGUUCGUGUGCCAGUCGUCGCGCCAGUUCUGCGAGAGCGCCGGCGACCGGGGCGGCUCCACUCCUCCCGCCCUGCUGCUACUGCUGUCGCGGCUCUGCCUGGACUACGAGACCUCCACCAUUUCCUACAUCCUCACCCUCACGGACGAACAGUUCCUGGCGCAGCAUCACGCCCCAGUGACACCCGUCACGGCGCUGUGUUCCGAGGCCCGCGAGGCCGCACAGAAGCUGCUCAACCACUACGUUAAGGUACAGGGCCUCAUCAUCUCCCAGAUGCUGCGGAAGAGCGUGGAGACGCGGGACUGGGUCAACACCAUCGAGCCGCGCAACGUGCGCGCCGUCAUGAAGAGGGUCGUGGAAGAUACCACUUCUAUAGACGUGCAGGUGGGCUUGCUGUAUGAAGAGGGCGUGAGGAAGGCCCACAGCAGCGACUCUAGCAAGAGGACCUUCUCCGUCUACAGCAGCUCCAGGCAGCAGGUCCGCUACGCCCCCAGCUAUACUCCCAGUGCUCCUAUGGACACCAACCUGCUGAGUAACAUUCACAAGCUCUUCUCGGAGAGGAUCGACAUCUUCAGCCCUGUGGAGUUCAACAAGGUGUCGGUGCUGACAGGGAUCAUAAAGAUCAGCCUCAAGACGUUCCUGGAGUGUGUGCGUCUGCGCACCUUCGGCCGCUACGGCCUGCAGCAGAUCCAGGUGGAUUGCCACUACCUGCAGAUGUACCUGUGGCGGUUUGUGUCCGACGAGAACCUGGUACAUUUCCUGCUGGACGAGAUCGUGGGCAGUGCGGCCCAUCGGUGCCUGGACCCCGCGCCCAUGGAGCAGAGCGUCAUCGAGGUCAUCUGCGAGAGGGGGUAGCCCUGCGGCGAACUGGGAGGGCUUUAGCAGUCUUAAAGAUUUAUCACUAAUUGUGCCUAGAUGGCUUAGGAGAUGUUUGGGGAACCUUAAAUUGUGUCUGCAGUGUUAUAAGGGCAAAAAAAAAAAACAAGGCAAAAUACUGGAUCAAA